AUGAAUACAGCAUAUGAACUGCAUGCUAUGCUGCUCGAAGCCGUGAAGAAAUGCUCGGAGCGUGGACUUGUCAAUGGCGCGAAAUGGGCGGCUGAAGCUCUGAACGGAAUGGAGUCUCUAGAACUCGCACAUGCUCAAUUCGCAUCGACACCACAGAAGGGAAUGGACUUUGAUAUAUCUGCCGAGCCUCCAAGUACACCGGGGCGCAACUCCGACGCUGCCUACGAAGCUCAAGAAGUCGAUAAAUACCUCUUGGCAAAAGCAUACUUCGAUUGUCGGGAGUAUCUUCGUGCUGCACAUUACCUGAAAGGCUGCAAGAGCUACAAGUCCAUCUUCUUAAGACUAUACGCUACGUACCUCGCCGGAGAAAAGCAGAAGGAUGAGGAUGCAGAGACAAUCAUGGGUCCUGCGGACAAUGGCCUCAUUGCAAACAAGCAAAUUACGGCAAUCACGACUGAGCUCGAGGACCUAAUUUUGGGGAAGGAACGCAACGAUGCUUUCCUGCUAUAUUUGUACGGAGUCGUCCUUGGGCGUCAAAAGAAGGAGCAAGAUGCAGUACAAGCUCUCAUUAAGGCAGUGGAAACAUACCCCUAUCACUGGGGUGCCUGGCAAGAACUGGCAUCCAAUAUCAGCGGCGCUGACAUGUUGAGCGCCGUACUGCCCACAUUACCUGAUCAUAUCAUGACAAAGUUCUUCAUGAUGCACGUCAGUGCUGAGCUGUUACAACACGGAGAAGCUUUACAGGCACACUUGCCGGAAUUGCAGUCUAUGUUCCCCAGAGGUCAUUUCCUCCAAGUACAACGUGCGCUACUGGUAUACAAUGCAAGAGAAUAUGACGAAGCCGCUGGUAUAUUCGAGGUAAUCAUGACUGAAGAUCCGUAUCGCCUUGACCAAGCAGAUGUGUAUUCCAACAUCCUGUACGUUAUGGAAAACCGUGCCAAACUCGCCCAUCUGGCACAGGCAGCCACAAACACAGACCAAUUUCGGCCGGAAACGUGCUGUAUCAUCGGCAACUACUACAGUUUACGGAAUGAACACGAGAAGGCAGUGACAUACUUCCGGCGAGCACUGAAGCUAAAUCGGAAUUACUUGUCUGCAUGGACCUUGAUGGGUCAUGAAUUUGUGGAGAUGAAGAAUACGCACGCUGCCAUCGAAGCUUAUCGCAGAGCUGUGGACGUGAACAGGAAAGAUUACCGUGCUUGGUAUGGAUUGGGUCAAACAUAUGAAAUGCUGGAGAUGCACUACUAUGCUCUUUACUACUUCCAACGAGCAACAUCACUAAGACCGUACGAUCAGCGCAUGUGGCAAGCGCUUGCGGAGUGUUAUGAGCAGCUACAAAGACCAGCAGAAGCAAUUAAGGCCUAUAAGAGGGCGUUGGGUGGUAAUGCACUGGCUCCAACCAUGCUAUACAAACUUGGAAACCUGUACGAAAGGUUAGGGAACGUCAAAGCAACAGCGGCAUACUUUGUGGAGUUGGUGACUGUGGAAAGAAGGGAGGGAAUGGAAGCGGAUGAAGCAACGGCAGAAAGCGGGAGGGCACGAAUAUGGCUUGCAAGACAUGAAAUGUCAAGGGGGAAUUUGAGACAGGCAGAGGCAUAUGUUGCUGAUGCCAUUACAUUGAAUGUGCCAGAGAUUGAGGAUGCACGGGCUUUACAGAGAGAACUACGAAGUCGCAGAGAAAAUCAGUGA